UAAAUAUACGAAAGCUCGAGCAUUUUGACCAUGUAGCCCUGCGUAGACCGUAGUGUUGCUGCCUGAAGGCGCGGGUUUCAAGCGGGGAUGAGCACCAGUCUACUUGCGAAGUUACUGGCGCUAGCGCUUACAUGGCUCUUAGUUAACUUGUGCGAGGGGCAUGCAGAGCAGCAUGUCCGAGUCAGCGGGGGUCGCCGAAGGGUGUUGCGGAAGUCGACGCACCCGGCCACAGACACACCGGGGGCCACAGUCCGAGAGGUGCCGCUAUCGCACUACGACUGGCACGAGGUGAUCGACAGCAUGGAGGGCCUGCUGGAGGCGGCGCUGGGCCCAGAGGUGGCGUACUGGCGCACCCGCGGCGUCACGUGUGAGGACGUGGCGGACACAGUCGCCCGCCUACACAACGUAUUCCUGGACAGCGUGAAGGUGGUGCUCAUCCGCAACAACACCUGGCACUUCCUGCACCCAGCCGCCGCCGCCGCCGUUGCCAGCAGGGAAGGCGCCAGCGGACCGCAUGCUCGGGCGCGGGCUUCUGACGCCAGCUCCCGCCCUAGAUCCGGAUCCAAGUCUAGGUACAGUUGGCCAGAUCUGGUGGCCGCGCCGUUUGGAGAGUGCCCGUCGCCGUGCCAGGCACAGCUCCAGGGCGUGUACGACACGGUGGCGGGGCGCCUGCACCACCCCCGAGGCCCCGCCGACCCGCCCUACGACCUGCCCGACAUGGUGUUCGUGGUCAACGCAGCAGACAACAUGCAGCGCUUCGGGCUGUACUCGCGGGCGCCCGUGCUCUCCCUCCUGAAACGCUGGGAGGUGCCUUGGUGGGGCAGCAACGUCACGGCGCCGAGGCUGGGCCGCUCACACGUUCACGGCGAGCUACUGCCGGCGAUGCCGCUGCCGUCGCGCGUGCAGCAGGCUCUGGACGGAGCAGACUUCAGCGGAGCUGGCGCCACAGCCCAGGCGGAUGCUGCUGGGCUAGCAGGGGCGGCGGGGGCCAGGGCAAGGGCAAGGGCGGUCGGGAGCGAUGCGAUGAUGAGCGGCGGUGUGCAUCGCGGAGGUGCUGUCGCAGGAGGCAGCGGUCUUCGGCCUUCGCCAAAGCGGCGAAGGCAGAAGAAGAAGAAAAAGAGCAGCAAGCCGGGUGUGAGGCGGGCGCUGCAGCAGGCGGCGUGGCGUGAAGCUAACGUGGUAGCGGGUCGGGCGGACGGAGGCCUGCCGCCCUCUGGGCAAGUGGCCGACAGGGUAGGGGCCGGCGCGGGUGCGAGCGGGCUCGAGACGCAUAGUGCAGAGCGAAGCCACGGCUACCGGGAAACACGGCGCCUCCAUGGAAAGGCGGCGGCGGCGGGAGAAGACGGCGGCAACAGUGAAGCCGGUUCUGGCGAGCAGACAGGUGGCGGCAGUGGCGACAAGCUGUGGGACAUGGUCCGGCGCUUCGUGGCCAGCCGCCCGCCCGACCUGCCGCCAGGCGUGACGGUGCCGGACGGCCGCGCCGCGCCGCCGCCGCACGGCCGUCGCGGUCUGGCGCCCAAGAAGCCACCGUACGACAUGGAUCUGCUGCUGCCCACCAUGGCCUUUGUGCCACGCACGCUGAUCAAGUUCCCAUGGGAGCAGAAGAAGGACGUAGCCUUCUUCAGCGGCGUGCCCUUCUGCCCCCUGUACGUGGACCCGCACCGCAUCUGCCCGCGCGUGUUCCUGGCCAACUUGUCCACGCUGUACCCGCACCGCCUGGACGUGCGCCUGGUGCGGCCCUGGACCCGCAAGCGCCUGGGCGCCGUGGGCGUGUUCAGGCAGCCCGUCACGCUGCCGCAGCACCCGCCCACGCCCAUCUCGGACCACGCGCGCUACCGCUGGCUGCUCAACGUGGACGGCAUGUCUGCCAGCACCCGCAUGGGCUUCCUCAUGACCACAGACUCGGCCAUCCUCAAGAGCAGGAGCCCCUUCAUCGAGUACUACAGCCGGCUGCAGACGCCCGGCUCGCACUACCUGGAGUUCUGGUCCAACGCCUCCGACCCCUACGACGUGCUGGCCGUGCUUGCGGCGGCGCGGGCGGCGGCGGAGGCGGACCCGGCAGCGGUGGCGGCGGCAGCGGCGGCCAACCAGGCCAUCGCGGCGAGGUACAUCGCGCUGCAGCCCAAGCUGCUGUACGCGCGCGCUGCGCUGCUGGCCUACCACUCGCUGGUGUCCGACAUGGGCGGCUGCGUACGGGACCUGGUGGAAAGGCUGGAGGAGGAAGGCGAGCAGCAGUGAAAUGGAGGAGGAGGACUGGAGGAGGAAGAGGAGGAGGAGGAGGAGGAGAAGGAGGGGGAGGAGGAGGAGCAGGAGGAGGAGGGAGGGUGUUAGCGGCAGUAGGCGGCGAUAGCUUGACUGGCAGUAGUUGGCCAUGGGAGAUGCCGGGGGCGGCCACCAGCGUCGCGUUUUUUGUGUUUAUCGCCAGCCGCCUCUGGCUCCAGUCUUACGGACGCCGUCAUGCUGUAUGAGGGCGGGUUUGUUCGAUGCGAUUACUGGUAUAGUGCGGCGGCGGUGCUGGCAGGUGCUGGUGGUGAUACAAGCGUUGGGAGGCAGAGGAAGGUAACGCGAGCUCGGCUCAUGAUGGCACGCAGCGGCACGCCAAUCCGAUGUCCGUCGCGUGCUUAUAAACCCUUGAGCCCUCUGGUACUACCUGCCAGCUCGCAAUUUCAGAUGUAAUGCUAUACUGUAAUAAUAUGUAUGG